GCAUUUUGAACGUGUAUAGCAUUGCUGAUCCGAAUACGACACACUAUGUAACACACAGUGGCCCAGCAUACAACUUAGACUGGAUCUGGAUUAUAGGAAGCGAAUGUUCAGGCGGAUCAAUUUCUGUGGAAUGUAUCUUACUUGAUAACCCUAUGCCUCGCAAUAGUUAUAUACUCAUUGGGCGAGGGCACGAUCCAUCUGAUUCGUCAACAAUUCAAACAGUUCUGCGCACCUCAUCGCCAAAUGAUAAAUGUCCAAACGACUUUAUUGUUUCUCAUUUACACGCUUGGGUGAAGUAUGUAGGUAGCGCACUUAACAGUGAUGAGGAAGGUGCUGUAUUUAAAUUAGCUGUCAGGUGUAUUCCUCAUGAAGAUGUAGUUAAUCAGAUUUGUAGCACAAAUGCAAGUAUAUCACCCGAAGACGCGUGUAAUAACAAGUUUGACUGUCCUGACCUAACAGAUGAGUUGGGAUGUUUUGAAACAGGUUAG